CUGCUAGCGUUUCCGCUUUUUCAUUCUCUCCUCCCUUAACUCUCGAGUUCAUCCACUGAUCUACUCCCCGUUAGAUACUGUAACGUUAUCGAUAGGUAGCCACCAUCAUCAAAUAGCUAGAUAUGGACGAUUUUGACAUGCUCAGCGCACCACAGGCUGCGGCCGGCAAUGGGACGGAAGAAGACCCCGCUGCCGCUUUCUUGGCCCAGCAAGAAAGCGAGAUCGCGGGGAUUGAGAACGACGAAGGAUUCAGCAUCCUGGACAGCGGAGAGGUUCCAACGUCGCUAGACAACAAUCUGACAGGCGACACAAACGAUGCAGUGGAUGGUGCUGUUAAUGGAGACAUUCAUGAGGAGAGCAACGGCCCGUCUGAUGCAUACUCAGCCAUCUCCAGUGCCGACCGGCUGCAGGCUGAGCCAGAGAGCCUGCGUAAAUGGAGGGAGGAGCAGAGAGAGAGGCUCGAGGUCCUAGACGCUAAUUCUCGUAAGCAGGAGUCUGAGUGGAAGGACAAGGCCAAGGUAGAGCUGGAGGAGUGGCACACUAGACAGGACGAGCAGCUGGAGAAGACUAAAGUGAACAACAGGGUGCUGGAUGAGGAUUUCUACAAACAACCCUUCUCUGACCUGAUUGGUUAUGUCACACACAUUAACCAUCCUUGCUACCGCCUAGACCAAGCGGCCGAGGAGGCCAUGCUGUCGGACAUGGACGAGAACAACCCGGGCACCGAGUGGGAGCGCGUGGCGCGCCUCUGCGACUUCAACCCCAAGUCCAGCAAGCAGGCCAAAGAUGUGUCCCGCAUGCGCUCUGUCCUCAUCUCCCUCAAGCAGGCCCCUCUGGUCCGCUAACCCCAACCCUCUUCUCUCUGUCCUCAUCUCCCUCAAGCAGGCCCCUCUGGUCCGCUAACCCCAACCCUCUUCUCUCUGUUCAUGUCUCAAUUCAGUCCCUGCCCCCUCCCCCUUGGCACUAACCAUUCAGUGUUUGAAUAUCUGAAGGCUCUGCAUACGUACUGUAUAAGCAGUGUAGUGGUGGAGCUUCCACAAUCCACCAUGUUGCUUUCACCUUACAGAUCUGUUAACAUUGAGGGGAAGGGAGUGAAUUGAGACUGCUGUAUCUCUACCCGUUGCUAACCCUCUCUGGACCCAGAUUGCAACCAAACUCUCAUAGGGAAAUGUAUCAUCCCGACUACCUGACCUGGGGUUGUUCCCACCCAACCCGACUACCUGACCUGGGGUUGUUCCCACCCAACCCGACUACCUGACCUGGGGUUGUUCCCACCCAACCCGACUACCUGACCUGGGGUUGUUCCCACCCAACCCGACUACCUGACCUGGGGUUGUUCCCACCCAACCCGACUACCUGACCUGGGGUUGUUCCCACCCAACCCGACUACCUGACCUGGGGUUGUUCCCACCCAACCCGACUACCUGACCUGGGGUUGUUCCCACCCAACCCGACUACCUGACCUGGGGUUGUUCCCACCCAACCCGACUACCUGACCUGGGGUUGUUCCCACCCAACCCGACUACCUGACCUGGGGUUGUUCCCACCCAACCCGACUACCUGACCUGGGGUUGUUCCCACCCAACCCGACUACCUGACCUGGGGUUGUUCCCACCCAACCCGACUACCUGACCUGGGGUUGUUCCCACCCAACCCGACUACCUGACCUGGGGUUGUUCCCACCCAACCCGACUACCUGACCUGGGGUUGUUCCCACCCAACCCGACUACCUGACCUGGGGUUGUUCCCACCCAACCCGACUACCUGACCUGGGGUUGUUCCCACCCAACCCGACUACCUGACCUGGGGUUGUUCCCACCCAACCCGACUACCUGACCUGGGGUUGUUCCCACCCAACCCGACUACCUGACCUGGGGUUGUUCCCACCCAACCCGACUACCUGACCUGGGGUUGUUCCCACCCAACCCGACUACCUGACCUGGGGUUGUUCCCACCCAACCCGACUACCUGACCUGGGGUUGUUCCCACCCAACCCGACUACCUGACCUGGGGUUGUUCCCACCCAACCCGACUACCUGACCUGGGGUUGUUCCCACCCAACCCGACUACCUGACCUGGGGUUGUUCCCACCCAACCCGACUACCUGACCUGGGGUUGUUCCCACCCAACCCGACUACCUGACCUGGGGUUGUUCCCACCCAACCCGACUACCUGACCUGGGGUUGUUCCCACCCAACCCGACUACCUGACCUGGGGUUGUUCCCACCCAACCCGACUA